AGGGGGCGCGCGUGACACAUGUCGCCAACGUAUUGCGUCAUCACUGCGGGCCGUGACGACGUGUUCACUUGUUUCUUGUCACAGCGAGGAAAUUAUCUGUUUUCCAUAAAGAUAGCUUUAUCGUAGGGCGACAGUGGUGCUUUGGAUGUUUCUAUAAGGUCAAGUCUCUGAGACCCAGCAGUGCAGUCAGUUGCCAUGGCAUCUCCAGGGGGACAAGGAGGAGGGGGAGCUCUGUCGACCAGAGGAGGCAGCGGGGCCCGGAGGAUGAAGUGGGCUCUAGAGUUGAGCAUGAGCAGCACCAGGAGUCGCGACAGGCAGGGCGGUCAGGGAGAUGUUGUUUACCCCAUCGGCUACUCUGAGAAACCCAUUCCUGACACCAGCAUCCAGGAGACAGACAAGAACCUGGUGGAGAAGCGCUGCUGGGACGUUGCCCUCGGGCCACUAAAGCAGAUCCCCAUGAACCUGUUCAUCAUGUACAUGUCAGGCAACACCAUCUCCAUAUUCCCCAUCAUGAUGGUCUGCAUGAUGGCCUGGAGGCCAAUACAAGCGCUCAUGUCCAUGUCUGCCACCUUCAAGCUGUUAGAGAGCUCCAGUCAGCAGUGGCUUCAGGGCCUGGUCUACCUGAUCGGUAACCUCCUGGGCUCAGCGUUGGCCAUCUACAAGUGUCAGUCAAUGGGACUGCUCCCAACACACUCGUCAGAUUGGUUGGCCUUCAUAGAACCACCUCAGAGGCUGGAGAUCAUGGGUGGAGGAAUGGUGUUGUGAAGAUGGUUGCGCGCAAACAUAAAAAAUCCAGAUAUUCCCAGAUGUUAUAUUUUUCUUCAUUCUCCAGUGGUGCCACGCAGGCAGCUGUCCAGAAUUUAGAUUCAACCUUCCUAAUAACACAACACACAGUGAUAAAUCAGCAGCAGGAUGGGCUUCUGCUACUCCUCAUUGAUUCUAUUUUACAGUAAAGAUAUUAAAGCCAGCAGGGUUGUCUUGUUGACUGCGGUCGAAAUACUGUAGUUUUCUUCUCAGAUGAAAUGUAGGCUCAUAAUAGGAGAUUAUUUAUAAAGCUAUUCUACAGUAAUGAAAUAUAGUUUUGUUGGGGGCAGACAUCAUGAAUAACAUUUUGUAUGUUUAAGGUCUAUAAAAUCACAUUGUUUUCACCUUCCUAAAUUGUUCUGGUCAUUUAGAGUCAGACCACACAUCAAAGAGUAACAAUUAACUAAUUUUUAUUCUUCGCUAUCUUUUGGUUUGUAGUGAAAUGCUUCCCUUAGUUUGGCAGGAUUUUCAGCAUGUGAACCAGCAACAUUUACUAACCUGUGUAAUGUAUAGGCUUGUUUAAUUUAUACCGUUUUUCUUUAUGAAAAUGUUCUAUGGAAUAAAUUCUGAAGUCAGAUGUUUCAAAUGUGUCGAUAAAUGAAACUAAUGAAAAAUAAAUUUCUUUAUCCUG